AACAAAGCUCGGACUGAAUUGUGCCUCCCGGACGCGGACCGCUUCCACCUGAUGUCAUCACGCAGAAGGGGGUGAGAAGGGACUCGUGACAGAUUCAGAAAUGAAUGCAUGCGUCCACGCCAAAGGCCUGCAAGCUCCGUGAUUCCCCUUGGUGACCUGGGAAGGACAAGGUGGUGACCACUGAACACCAGCUCCUCCUCCUCCUUCCUGCGGGCCCCACCCUUCCUACUCACGGACCACGAUGGAGACCCUCUCCCAGGAUUCUUUGCUGGAAUGUCAGAUCUGUUUCAAUUACUACAGUCCUCGGCGCAGGCCCAAGUUGCUGGAUUGCAAACACACCUGCUGCUCCGUGUGCCUCCAGCAGAUGAGGACCAGCCAGAAGGAGGUGCGAUGUCCCUGGUGCCGGGGCAUCACCAAGCUGCCCCCGGGCUUCUCCGUGUCACAGCUCCCCGAUGACCCCGAGGUCCUGGCCGUCAUCGCCAUCCCACACACUUCCGAGCACACCCCAGUCUUCAUCAAACUUCCGAGCAAUGGGUGCUACAUGCUGCCUCUGCCCAUCUCCAAGGAGCGCACUCUACUGCCGGGCGACAUGGGCUGCCGUCUGCUGCCUGGGAGCCAGCAGAAGUCUGUCACAGUGGUGACCAUCCCAGCCGAACAGCAGCCUCUGCAAGGUGGUCCCCCACAGGAGGCGGUGGAGGAGGAGCCGGACAGGCGGGGGGCUGUGAAAAGCUCCACCUGGUCCGGCGUGUGCACUGUGAUCCUGGUGGCCUGUGUCUUGGUCUUCCUGCUGGGCAUUGUACUGCACAACAUGUCUUGUAUCUCCAAGCGCUUCACUGUGAUCUCCUGCGGCUGAACCCCAGGGCAGGGAAGGCUCUUGUGGGUGCCAACGUAGAGGUGGAGCAGGUGUUGGUGAGGGGAUCCCAGUGAGAUGGGGGAGGGGGUGACACUACUGACCGUUUGGUGCCAAGCGCUGGCCUCUGGGUUGCUACUUGAUCCACCCGAAGGACAGACGCAGAGGGUGGAAGGUGAGGUCUGAGCGAGGUGGCAGGCGAAUUGCUGUGCGUGGAUGGAGACGGCUUUGAAGAUGAUUGCAUGCUUCCUCAUAAUCAUGUAUGAAAUGGGCCUGUAAUUUAUGAUUUCUCAAGAUCACAUUAUGAGAUAGACAUAUUCUACUUAGACAUUAAACUAUACGCGUGCAUACAACAAUCUCUAAAUACAGUAGGUUAAAACGAAGAUGCUGUGUAUAUGAGUAGAAUUAAACCUCGAGUCCACAUAGAAAUUCAGUAAAGACAUCCAGUGCUGGCUUCUUGGCCUUUUUCUUUCUUUUCUUUUUUCUUCUAUUUUAUUUUCAUGAAACCCAGUGUUCUUUUUGUUGCUAAGGCAUUUUAUACAUUUUGAAGGACACCCAAAUCAAAAUAAGUAAAACGGAUUGUGGUGAUUUGAAGGAAACAUUUGAACAAGUGUCUUGUCAUGUACCUUGAUUUCUCUUGCGAUUAGAAUUUGCUACUUGUUUAUUCAUCUGAAAGCAAACAAGGGAGCAAUAAAGAAGAAAUAAUGAGAAAUGUCUAAUUCCACAAGAAACUUGUAUGCCGAUUUUCCUCAAGCCAUCUCCCAAUUUAAAAUGUAAAUAUUUGUGUAUUUGUGUGUGUGUAGCGUGUGUGUAAUCUGAUUUACCUCAGGCUUUUGAGUCUUUUCAGAAGAACCCUGUGAGCCAGACCUCACAGGCGCGAAUAAGUUAAGCAUCUGCAACAUUGGCCACCCUGUGGACACCUGGAUCUCUGCGUCCCUCCCCCGCCCCCCAUGAGGGGCCUUGUUUGUCACCUCCAACACUCACCUUUGUUGUAUGUUUUUAUGUACUGUAUUUCUAAGGCAUAAAUGGAGACUGUCAGAAGAGCUUGUCUUUUCUUUCAGUUUUGGGCUUUGUGAAGACUAUGAAUGGAUGAGCAUCUGAAUUAGACAGAUUGCUUUUUGAAAGAUGUUGGCCUGUGAAAGUCAAACCUUUUAGAACUCCAAUGUUCUCUUGAGAUAUAACCAAGAAAAUCUUUUGUAUUUCAAAAUGUGUUGUUUUUUUUUUAAUAGAGAAGAGUGGCAAGGUAAACAGCUCACGUUCCCAUCAAUGAGUCAGUUCCUUACGAAUUGAAAAUGUAACUACUGAAAAUGUAUAGUGGUCUAUGGGUGCGCAUGAAGAAAGAUCUGUUAAAGGAUAAAUUCCUGUGAGGGGGCAUUCAGGUGGGAGCUUUAUACUUCUUUUCUAGUCCCCUUCAUUGAUUUCAGGAAGCAAGCCUUCCACUUAAAUAUGAUUUUAAGUUCUGUUGAAUCCCAGAAAAUGGCAGGAACGUUGGGGAGAAAGAAGAGAAAAAUAAGAAGUGACGGAUUUCAGAAAGUAAAGCUAGACAAUAUCCCUUUAAGAUUGAGACAAUUUAAUUUACCUAUUAUAUGCUAGCUGUUACCUUCAAGCAACAUAAAAGUAUAUGCAUACUAAACAGAUGGAAUUAAUGUGAAUAAAUUGAAAAACUAAUAACUAGACUACAAAGCUCACACUUAAUUGGCAUGAAAAUUCAAUGUAAAAUUAUGAACUCUGAUUUCUCAAAUCUUUCAAAUUUGUCAUAAAACCUUUAGAAAAUGUAUUUGAAAGCUCAAACUAGAAAUUAGGUUACAAUGCCAUUUUAUUGUGUAAGCUAUUGGGCAUUAUACAACAAAUAAUCUAGGAUUUAUUUGGUAUUAAUAAUUUAGGUAUACUAUUAGCCGCAUACUAUCCUGUAUUAUGUAACACGAUAUACUGUUGGGUUAGUGUCAGUUUCUCAAACUCCCAGGAUGCUGUAAUGCAUGUCUGACCUAAUUUCUAUUUUUCUCGGAGGGAAAAAAAAAUACAUAGAAAUGUUGCAUUGAAAAUGCGGCGUUUCAAAUAGAUUUUAUCCUUACAGUUCUAAGUCAUGGAAUAUUUAAAUUAAUUUGAUGAGUGGAAUCUGCAUACAUUUAUGUACAGUGUGAAGUGACCAAGCCUCUAGCAUAGUCUGUGAUAGAGUUGUGCUUGUUCAGUAGGCUAUGUAGCCCCCACGGACACUAAUGUGUGUGGUAAUGCGGUGUCCUGUGUUUCUUAGUCCAAAGCUGUAGAGUAAAAAAACAAAUGUCCAUAGAACUGUUCACUUAAAACCAGCCAGGUGCUGGAGCUACAGUGACCAGUGCAAAAUUAAUUGGCUCUUUGGUAGAUUCUGGACCUUAAAAUGAAUAGUACCUACCCAAAUCAGAAUGUGUGUGUGUGUGUGUAUUUAAGAAAAAUUAUUUACAUUGUUAAAUGAACUGUACCAGCAACUUGCAUACCCGCUUGUUAGGGUGUGUGUGUGAAAGACAGACCUUCAAACCUUCCAGAUAGAAUUUUUAUGUGUUUAACAAUGUUUUAAUGUUACCUGGUAUCCAUUGCCCUGGCCUCUUUGGAAUUUCCCUGCAAUGCUAACAACCUAUAUACUCCAUACAAUGCAGCUGCCAGAAUUUGUACUUGCCUAUCCGUGAAAGGCCACAAGUGGAAAGCAGAGAAAGUUAGAGCUGAAAGCAACCUCUGGUGGCAGACAUCAGUUUGGAAGUGAGUCCAUGGGGCCCGCGAAGGAGAGUGACAACUUGUAAUUCUGCAGCAAAAGAAUGCUAAAGGCCGGGCAUUGUGAUGCCCUCUUGCUUAGUCCUGGAUCUGUCACCAUCCCUGCCUGAUAAGUGAUUCUUUUCAGGGUUGAUGAAUAUAUCCUUUUUUCAUUCAACUAUUGCUUUCCUGUUUGUUUUUGUAGGUUUAUUUUCAUUUUGGUUAGGAACUUCUCUGGGAAGCAAAAGGAGGGUUGAUUUAAGGAUGAGCAUAGAUGAUUGAAGAAACUUUUCAAACCAUGUGAUUUGAAGUUCUAAAAAUUGCUAAACAUUGGUUGGGUCCUCCUUCCUAUGUGUAAAGGACAAUGAAUGUUGUAUAAAAUAGUAACCCAUAAGAAGCAUGAAUUUUCAUCUUUAUUAGUGAUCUUGACAAACAAGUGAAUGCUUAAAUACGUUAAGUAGAGCCAAGUAUGCCACCAAAAAAAAAAAA